CCCUUGGACGCGCAGUGCCAGUCGGGAACGCAAAGUCUUCGCAAUAGGACUUCAGUGUCGGAGCAACUGGUCCAUCGUGUCUCAUAAAGACCGGGAUAAUAUACAAAGCACGUGGUGAGGAAUGUAAUCUCCGAUGAGAAUCACCGAAUCUCUAACCGUGUACGCAGCGUCAAACAUCUCAACAAGUAUAUUAACGUUAACGUGAAAAGAAGAUACGCGCGUACCGGCAACUUCUAAGAGCACUAGAAGAGGCCACAGAGCAGGCUUCUGUAAUCGAUGGGUUGAGAACGCGAAACUCGUGCCUUCCACCUUUUUCUUUUCUUCGUUACCAAGGUGCUUAGCUUACCGAUGAGCCAUGCUGAAGGUAGUGGGCGCUUCUUGGCUGCAAACGCGCAUCUCCACGUACAUUCUUGUUGCCGUCGCCCUUCUUGGCGUCGGCGCCAUCAUUCUUGGUGAAUUUGGACAUGUUGAGAAAGAUGGGACAUACUCAGCAACUGUGUCGUGGAAUCACAAGGGAGGAUACCGUAUUGACUUUUGGGGCCAAGGCAAUGAUCUUACUGCUAUUUCAUUAAAUGCCGCACGUGCAUAUUACAAGACUGGAAUUUUAGAAAAUGGGUGGUCCAUCAUUGAAAUUGAAACAUCGGCAAAAUAUCCGGACACAGUACAAGCAUAUGCGGCAGGCCUUUUGGAAGGUAGUUUAACGUGGCAAUUGAUACACCAUCAUUGGUACAACACCAUCAAUGUAAUAUGCAAUAAAAAUCCAAUCGAAUGUAGCAAAUCACGACGGUAUCUUCAGGAAAAUACAGCUGUGAUACGCGAGCGUGCUGAGUUGUUGAAAUCUAAGGACCCGUUUUGGCAUAUGGUACAAUUGUUUUAUGCACAAUUGGAUGGUUUGAAAGCUGGUUGGAGUUUUGCGGUACGUCGCAGUCGUCAAACGGCAGAAAUACAAACGGAAGAUUUUCUUUGGCUGGCAAUGGUUUCUGAUUUAUCGUACGAUGAUUUAACAUUGAUCAAUAAGACGAAUAUAUCGAUCGGCGAAAAAGGCAUGAUAUUUCUUAAAGCACUUGCCAGAGAAAAUAAGAAACCACUUAUUGCAAUUGGACAUAACACUGCUGCACCAUACGCCAAAAUGUUGAGACUCUUGAAAAGAUACAAAUUCAAUUAUCAUGUAUUGCCAGCGUCAAAAAAUGUAGCGCUAAUACCAACUAAAUCGAUCAUCAUGUCCUCAUAUCCCGGAGCGCUUUCCUCGCAUGAUGAGUUUUAUUUAAUGACAUCUGAAAAUCGAGAGUUGAUAGUUGCUGGUACGCCAUUGUCAGUUCCAACUCGUGAUCCUUGGGAUUUUGCCAGUCUGAAAAAUCAAGUAAUGUCAUCCAUCAGAGUAAUGGCAGCAAAUCGUUUAGCAACGGAUGGCAAAUCAUGGUCUAAAAUUUUAACUUCUCAAAAUGGUGUGAAUUUGAUGCACCAAUUGAUUACAUACGAACCAAGAUCCGCCAACGUCUGGUUAAUCGAACAAUUAGGAAGUAUCACUCACGUUGCCGAUUUUACGCAAAAUUUGACCGAUAGCGGUGUUGUCCUUUGUACUGGUUUACCAUAUUCCCAAGAGAUCAAGAAAGCUGCUGGUAUUAUCAACGAGGAUGAUCUAUUAGCAAGGAGACGUUAUUUGAUGCAGUUGCAAGAGAACGUUACCAUAAUGGAACAUGUCAGAAAUUUUAUGCGAGGUGGCUACAGCAGCCAAGAAGAGAAGUCGUCCACUCUAGAGAAUAUUAAUGAAACUUAUCAUUUGAAUUUAUCUCAAAUCCGAACUUAUAGAGGUGACUUGGAGAAGCCGCCGUUACCAAUGGGUGUCAUCGACAGUAAAAUAAUAGCCGCCGAUCUGAAUGGAUUGGAAAUAUUCGAGGCUACUUCUGGUCCGGUUCAUUUCAACGAAUUAACAUCCCCCUUUCAAUGGUCUAAAUCAUUUCCAAAUAUUUCACACAUUAUGGGUCAACCGGAUGUCUUCAACUUCGACAGCGUUACACCUUUGUGGGUUUGGAUUUAAUGUAACGAGAAUUAUGACAAACUACUACGAGAACGUACAGAGAACAACUAAUUGGGAAAACAUAGCAAUCUCUCUCGUUGCUUUUAGAUAUCUCUAAGUCUUCUGCAAACAAACUGCCACAAUUCAACCUCGGUGACAAAAACACAAAAUACUUAAGUACGUUCUUAAACAACAACGAAUCUUCAUUAAGUAUAAUUUAUUAAUGCUGAAAAAACCCUUCUCUUCUCUCCUUCAUAUUUAUCGCUUUCGCAGCUGGCUCAUAUGUCAGCUAACUUUGGUAAACUUUUUAAACGAAAUAAAUGAAUCAAUAAAGGAAUAAUAAUAAAAAAA